AUGACAUCGAGCAAGGACUGGGCGUAUAUGGACACGUUGCGUCCUCCUGUAUACAUCUGUCUUCGUCGCAAGUUGGAUACAACUGGCGAACACCAUCAACCUAUGCAGUUAGAUGGAUGUAUUGACAAGGAGGAGUGGGCACAUGUGCCAUGGUCUGAUUCAUUCGUUAACAUUGAAGGAUCAAUUCAAAAGUCCAAGCACCCUCCCCUCACCAGGUUUAAAAUGAUGUACGAUGAAGAUUAUCUUUACGUCGGGGCGGAGCUUGUCGAACCCAAAAUAUGGGGAACUCUUACUCAAAAGAACAGCAGUUUGUAUCAAGAAAAUAAUUUUGAAAUUUUCUUCAAUCCAGAUGGCAGUCACCACCACUAUUAUGAAUUGGAGAUAAAUUGUCUUAAUACAAUUUGGGAGCUACUACUGCAUCGACCAUACAAAGAUGGUUCUAGUCUUGAGAAUCCAUUCAACUUGGUCUCUUUGCGUUCGGCUGUGUUUAUAGAUGGAGUCACUAAUUCACCUGAGACCGAGUGUGUACGCUGGUGUAUUGAAAUGAGUUGGUCACUUGCUGAACUUCAGCAAUUUAAUAAAUUUCGAUUUAAGGAGAAUCGUCACGACUUGAAGCCCUCAAUUGCGACUCCCAGACCUUCAUCGACAUGUGGAGAAACACCAAGAUCAGCUGUGACAACUAGCAGAACUGUUUCGGGUGAUAUAUGGCGAGUCAAUUUCUUGCGUGUUCAGUAUGAACUUGAAACAGUUAUGAAUGAAGAUAUCAAUCAAUUGCAGUACCAAAAAGUACCGAACAAAUCUGCGGAAUAUAUUGCAUGGGCUCCAACAGGUGUAAUGGAUAUUCAUCGGCCUGAAAAAUGGGGAUAUGUCUUUUUCAGCAGUGAAAAUGAGCUGGUUGGUGGAGAAUUGGAACUUGCGAGUGUAUUGACUGGAUUUUUAAACGAACGGAUGGCGAUUGAACGAAUUUUAAACGCAAUUUACUACGAACAACGGGAUUUCUACGCACUUCACGGUGGAUAUGCGUCUACCAUGGAGACUUUAUAUACAAAACAUUUAUCGAACUCCCAGAGUAUCGAAAAUGAUGAUUGGAUGAAGACGCUUUCUUUUCACGAUCUACUUCGCCAGUAUGACCUCAGUUUUCCAGUGCUCUCUUGUCAGAGUGUCGUUAAUAUUCAUGAGACGAAUGACAAAACAAUCGGAGGUCAAAACGCUAGUGUUGUCACCGGACGGAAAUAUAGCCGACGCUACGCUCCCGCUUUGGAUAAAAGCGAUGAAAACCUUUCGAUGAUAGCAACUGACGGGAUAAAUACAUUUGUUCCACCUCCUCCUCCUGUGCUUAGUCCUCGAUCACAGAAACUGAAGAGCCUCGAAGCGCGUGGAUUAUACUCUAACUAUGUUGUGACCGUUCGUUCUACAAUGCAGGAAUGGCACAUCCGUCAAGAUGGGCGACUUUGGCAAACAGCUUAG